UACAACAUCCCUAGACCCUAGUCUCAGAUCCUUCGUACAAGCUCGGCCUCCUCUCGCGCUUUAGCCAUGGCUCAGCUUCCAUCCAAGAGUGAUCUAGGUAGUGCCACCAAUAGUUCACCGGAAGACGUGGACCUAGCCAAACAGGGCGUUCGAGGUUUCAUGUCCGCGCUACCGGCAAGAGAGGGGUGGUCGGCAACACUCGUCCACCACAAGAACUACUGGCUCAAACCGAGGAUGCUGGAGGGGAUCUUGCUCGCCCAGCAGACCUUCAAGCCCCGCGCCGACGACAUCAUCCUCGCCACGCAGCCCAAGUGCGGCACCACCUGGCUCAAGGCCCUCGCCUUCGCCAUCACCAACCGAUCUCUCUACGACUUCAGCGACCACCCGCUCCUCACCCGCCACCCUCAGCACGUCGUGCCCUUCAUCGAGAUCCCCGCUGGCGCGGACCACAUCGCCGACAUCGAGGCGCUCCCAUCUCCGAGGCUUCUCGCCACGCACAUGCCCCUGUCGCUGCUCCCGCCGGGCACGACCUCCUGCGGCUGCCGCCUCGUGUACCUGUGCCGGGAUCCCAAAGAUACGCUCGUGUCAAGGCUGCACUUCGAGAACAAGCUGGUAGAGGGUUUCAGCCUAUCCAUGGACGACGCUUUCGGCAUGUUCUGCGAGGGCUUCUCGCCGUACGGCCCCUUCUGGGAUCACUGCCUCGAGUACUGGAGGGAGAGCGUGGCAAGGCCUAACACCGUUCUCUUCCUGAAGUACGAAGAGAUCAAGUCAGAUCCGGUGCAAGUUGUGAGGAAGCUAGCGGAGUUCCUCGGCGUACCAUUCACCCACGAGGAGGACAGCGCUGGGAUCGCUGAGGAGGUGGUGAAGUUGUGCAGCUUUGAGAAGCUUACCAGCCUGCAGGUUAACCAGGUUGGUGUCGUUCGUCCAGGAAAUAACGUGCGCCUUAAUAAUUCUGUGUUUUAUAGGAAAGGAAAAGUAGGGGACUGGGUGAACCACAUGAACCAAGAGAUGGCGGAAAAGCUAGACAGCCUCGUCCAGCACAAGCUUGUGACAGAAUCGCCCAAGGAUCAACACACACAUAUACACAUUGGAGAAGAGCACACAGAGGCUUUUUCUGGCACCGCACCUUCGUGCCUUUUUUCUCUUAUUCAACUCAAUGAACUCAGCUGGUUACAAUGCCUAUAAAUAGUGCUACUUACAUACACUCAGCAAGUCCACGAAUACUUAUCUCCACUAGCUAGAAGAUAGGAACAAGCAACCACGUCGGCCACACCAUUCGGCCACUCUCCUCGCAACUGAAGACGUGCUCUAUCUCUCUGCACAACGGGUGAUUACCAAGUCCACUACUAAUCCUAUCUCUAAGAGCUAGCUCAAUUGAUUCAUGGAUGUACGUGUAACUCUCCUCCUACUCAUUAGGCAUGCAACAAACUAACUAACAGCGUCCAGACCUGGUGCCAUACAUGCACAACACCAAGCUAACACGACUAAGCAUUACCUUGUACACCUGAUCGAACACAUCUCUACGGUGCACACGGCCGCAGCUUUCCACCUGGACGUCUCGAUAACAUGAACAACUCAAAUAAAUAAACACGAUCAACUACAAACUAACAGCUUGAAGGGUCCGGCCUUGUGUUUUGAGUCCUUUUGUUUAAUUUAUUCUCUCUCUCUCUCUCUCUCUCUUGUGUAUUUGUUAUUAAAUGUUUAUCUAUCAGCAUCUUACAGCUGGUUUUCUACUUAUUUUUUUGUCAAAAUA